GCGCGCUCCCCGCUCCCCCAACUCCCUCCCUCUUUUCCCGCCGCCACGAUCCGCCCCGCGCGCCGCCGGCGAACUCGCGGACAGGAAAUCAGGCAUUUUUCCCCACUGGCGCCCCCUCCCGAGAGGCACCGCACUCAUCCUCCUCUUCCUCUUCCCCGCCCUCUACUGUUUCCGGACGGAUUGUUCUAGGAGACGGCUUCGUUCCAAGAUUUCCCUUUUCUCGGAUUUGUGCGCGGCGUGGUGGUGCCGUACGGCUCCAACCCAAUCCGACCAAGUUCGAUUGGGUUCUUCUCCCUCAGCGCGCAAGGUAUCAAUCUUGCCGAGGUGCUGGCGCGGGUCAUCGUCCGAAUAUUCUGGGGAUCCGGUCGAAUCCGCAUCCCCUAUACUAGGCCCGCCCCUGCCACCUGCUAUGAUGGGCGGCAAGGCCGGUAAUGGCUGCGGCGGGGACACCGAAGUCCUGGACGGCGGGACGCCUCCGUUAGGUUCUCCGACGAGUGACAGCGACAGCGAUGCGACGCAGAGCGGGGAAGAUAAUGGUGGUGCUCUGUAUGAUGAAACGCAGCCUGUGGACGAGGCUGAGACCCAGCUAGUAGACGGGGUGGAGGAGGAGGAGGAGGAGGAGGAGGAGGAGGACAAAGAGGAUGUGGCUUGCGAUUGGGCCGAGACGCAGUUGGUGGAGAGUGGCGAGGAGGAUGGCAGUGAUGACAGUGACCAAGUGAAGACACAGCUGGAGGUGGAAAAUGGGGAAGAGGGCGAUGAUGACAGUGGUGCGGAGGAUAUUGCCCGCAAUUGCACUAGGACCCAGUUGUAUGAAGAAUGUGAGGUGGAUGGAGUGAACAAUGGUGUUGGUAGCAUGGUUGAGACCCAGUUGGUUGAGGAAUCUGAGGAGGACGAGGAGGAUGGAGUAAAUGGCGGUGAUGAACUGGGUGUCGAUGAGUGGGGCAAGACCCAGUUGGUUGAAGACUCUGAUGAAGAGAUAGGUGAUGAUGAGUUGAGCGACAGCACUCAAGUUCUGAGUGACAAUGAGAGCUUGUCUGGUGAUGAGAGGGACGUGAAGUCAGGAAUGGAUAAAAGGGAUGUGGCGUCAGGAAUAGAAAGAAAUAUUGAAGGGUUCAAUGGAGGGGUUGAGAAGCUUGGUGACAACACGAAUUUAGUAGAAUCUGAUGCUUCAACAGAUGAGGAGGGUGACACAAGUUCAGGUCGCACUCGGAUGAAAUUGCCUUCUGUUCGCGUUGCGCCUGUACGAACAUGUGGAAUUUCUGGAGCUCGGGACACAAUGUCUGUGACUGGUAUGCAGCAAGGGAAACAAAAGGUCUCAUCAACAGCAAUACAUCCCCAGCCGAAAAUUGUAGAUGAAUCUACUUCGUGUGGCGCCUCCUUUGGUGGGAUUGAUAAUGACUCCCAUGGUUAUGUACAGAACCAUGAUAAAGAUGGAACUAAAAGCAGAGAUAAGUGCUCAACAGCAAAAAAGCUUUUUGCUGACAUGACAGCUGAAGAUGGUGAAAGCAACAGGAAACGUUUUGCUGGAUUAAGCUAUAUUGGAUCACAGGAGCCUGGUGAUCUGUCGCAGGCAAAUGCUUUUGAUGUUGUGGAUAGGUUGAUUUCAAUUAAUGGUGGAUUAUCAUCUCAAGAAACAACCCCAAAUAAAUUGGAAAUAGCAAAGCCACGUGUUUCAAGUAAGAGAGGGACUUUAAUGUUGGCUGAGAAGGUUGACCUUGGUAGACGUUCCAAUGGGAAGGCAGAAAUAUUUGAGUGGGUGGAUAGCCGUGAAGAUGACGGAGGAGGUGAUUUUUUCAGUAAAAACAAAGACAUAUUGCUGCAGAAACCAGCUGGUCGAGGAAAACAAAAGAGCCAUUCUACCAGGGCAAAGAAUUCCUCCACCAAAAAUUCAUGGAGAGAAAAUAAAAUAGGUGAAUCAAAGAACAAAAUAAGUUCCAAACUACCUGGGAGGUUUGGAAAUCUUCCUUUGUCAGAUUCAAGACUACUCAAAAAUGAUGUGAAGAGCAAGCCUGGAAACAGGACUAAGAAGAACCUUUUCAAGGACCUGGAUGAUCUAGCAAAUGCCAAAUCUUUGGAAGAAGAACAGGAAAAGGAUAAUGUAGCUGAGCAUGAUAUUGGCCCAGAUACUCAAAUGGCUGUUGAAGCUAUGGAAGCACUGGUACAAUGUUCACCUGCUAAAGGCCAACCUCUGUUGGAUAGAAAUACAAUAGCUGAGAAGUCUAGAAUAUCUAGAAGUCACUCAAAGAAUGGUUGUCCUCAAAAGAGAACUAGCAGCAUCCAGGAAGGUGUCACAACACGGUCCAAAAGAAGAAAAGAAACUGUGCUCGACAAGCUUCAGAAAGAAGAGAUGCAAAAAAAUUCAGAACGUAUAGUGAAAACGAAACAUAAGCAGACAAAGUCUACACCAGGGAAGAGCAAAGUUUCAAAGAAAUUUAUCGAUGAAAAUAAGUACCAUGGUACACCUGUUGCUCACCGCACUAGACAUUGUGGUAGGAAUGACCCUUCUGAAUUUACCGAGUUAUUAUGUUCUAAUAAGCACUUGAGGAGAGGCAAGAAACUGACAGGUGACAGCUCCACUGUUGGGGAAGUGCAAUUUAACCAUAUUACGAAGAAUCCCGAGAAACCGUUGAUUAGUGAGAGAACAACUGAAUGUGAUUCGAGUCAUUUUGAAAAAGAAAGCACAAAGCAUACUUGUGCAAAUGACGAUCAGGACCUUCAGCGAUCUAGAGAUGGAAGAACACAAUGUAUCAGUGUAAAUAAUGUUCAAAACCUUGUAGCACCCCGAGUUGAGCAAGCAACUGAUGUUCCAUGCAGAGAUCCCCCAUCGCAUCCCAAACAGCGAAGAACACCUACAGAAAUGGUACAGUCAAAGUCUACAACUGCCGCAGAUCAUGAAAUACUCCCAGAAGUGGCAAGACCAUCCAAGAAAAGGCGGAUUUUUGUAAGAAGCGUUUCUGAUCUACUAAAGUAUGCAAAGAGGGAACCUUCCAAUGGAAGAUCAGCUUCUAUGCUGUCCAGUAUUAUAGAGAAGUCAUUAGCUGCUUCUCCUAUACUUAAUUCUUCUUUAAGACAUGAUGGGAAAAGUUCUGAUCUCAAUAGCUCAGCACAGAGACUGAAGGAAUCCUCACGUGUAGAUGAUACAAGCAAAACACCAAAAAGCAAUGCUCAAGUUCAGAAUAGUGUCAUGAAUACGCCUUCAAAAGUUGUUAAGGAACUGUCACCCACUUUCAGUCCUGUGAACCCAUCAAAAGGUUCAAAUGGAAGCUUGUCAAAAUCUUCUGUUGCGAGAGAAUUACUGAAGCUGGAUCCUGAAAAUGCACUAUCAAACCAGCAGAGAAGAGAUUCCAGAAGAAGGAAGGAUAUGGCUACUGUCAGUAUUUUAUUCAGCCAUCAUUUGGAUGAUGAUGUGAUGAAGCGUCAGAAGAAGAUCUUGGCACGCUUGGGAGUUUGUGAAGCAUUUUCCAUGGCAGACGCAACACACUUUGUGGCAGAUAGCUUUUACCGCACAAGGAAUAUGCUAGAAGCAAUAACUCUUGGCAAGCCUGUAGUUACAUCAAUGUGGCUUGAGAAUUGUGGACAAGCAGGCUGUUUUAUUGAUGAGAGGAAGUAUAUUCUGAGGGAUGCCAAAAAAGAAAAGGAGUUAGGUUUCAGUAUGCCUAUAUCACUGGCCUCAGCUUGCAAUCAUCCUCUUCUGCUGGGAAAAAGAGUCUUUGUAACAUUGAAUGUGAAACCAAGUCAAGUAGUGGUGACUAGCUUGGUUAAAGCAUCAUCGGGACAGCCACUAGAGAGGGUAGGACGAUCUAUAAUGAAGGAAAAGGAAGUACCUGAUGACCUACUGGUUAUCUCAUGUGAAGAAGACUACGAAACUUGCACACCGCUGCUUGAGAAAGGUGCCAUCAUUUUCAGUACGGAGCUUCUACUAAAUGGUAUAGUCAUCCAGAAGCUGGAGUACGAAAGGCACCGCCUCUUCACGGACCGAGUCAAACAGACCCGCUCGUCGAGGUGGUUGAAAGACACAGUCCAAGACCGGUUUGUACCUGUACCCAAGCGUCCCUGUAGCUGAGGAGAAGAUGGGCGGUGCAGAUGUUUUUUUCAACUAAAUUAUGCUCCUGCUUACCCAGCCUCUCCGUCUCAAGACCAGUGUAAAUGUAUGUUAGGAUAAAGAAUGCUUGCUCAUCCCCUAGCCUCUCCAGCUCAAGACCACUGUAAAUGUACCGCAAACGCAUAUGCCCAUGCGCAUGCAGGCCUGGUGUUCUGUUCUGCUCGU